AUGAAACUUUACAUUAAAGAGUUAUCUUUCAACAUGUCGCCGUGUCGUGAGCUCAUUAAUAAGGUUUUUCCUCACAUUGAUCACGAAAUUUCAGAUUAUGUCAAUGGUAGGCUUAUUUCAGCAUAUAAUUCGAAAAAUAUUAUGAAAACUCUAAAUAUAAAUAUUCCCGCAAAGUACUAUGAACAGUGGGCGGCCAAUAUUUAGGCGUCGGCUAACUUAGAUGCUAGCUUAGUUAGUUAGUGUUAGUUAGAUUUAUCAUUUAUUAUUUAUUUAAUAAAUAAUAUUUAUAAUUAUAUUGUUUAUUUUAAUUAAAGCCACAUUUUAGUAUUAGUAGGAUAUUCGAUAAGUGUCAUUAUUUAGCUGGCAAGAAUCCUGUUUAAUAUUAUAAAUAAUAGGCUAAUAAGUACUUGUAGUAGGCUGCGGCUGUUGACCUAAUAAAUGAUUAAAUGAGUGCCUAAGCCUAAUUUAGGGUGACCAAAUCAUGAACUGGACACACCCAAGGAGGGUUGGGGGGGGGGAUACCCUCCAGCUAUAGAGGGGUCCGGGGGCCUUCGCCAGUAACUGUUUAUUGAAAUAUGCUAAUUUUAACUAUUUUCAGACAUAGAAAUCUUAAUCUUGGUUAAUGCUAGUUCUAGUUGUGGAUGCCACACGACGUCUUUUAGUUAGCGUGUUUAUUUAAGUUGCCAUUUAUUAGGGUUGAGGUUAGGUUUAGGGAUACAUUUAGGGUUCAGGUUAGGUUUAGUUUAGAUUUAGUGACUGAAUUAACUGGUCUUCUCAACCAAGAUGGGGGCCAAUCAUGGCAUCCUCUCUCAACAUUUACCAAAAUCUUUUUAAAUUACCUUCACUUUUGUAAUUUAAUUUAAACGAAAACAAUAAUUUUGCUGUGAAUACUUAUCGAAGUGGUUAUGCGCAGCCGACUGCGUAUAACCCUGAGAGUUAUACACAGUCGGCAAGUCACAUGAGGUCUAUAUUCUUCCUGUGUUACAGUAUCAAUUAAUAAGGGUGCCUUGAUAUCAGGUGACUGUGUGGUCGAAUGGUCUAAACUGACCAAACCUCAAGUUGGUGGUCUUGAGUUCAAUUCCAGCCAACGGCAAGCCAUGAAUACACGUUAGUUGCUAUGCUUUUUCUCGAGAAUGAAGCAACAACUAGGCUUAUUGUUUUACUUUUUUUUUGGCUAAAAAAUGUUAAAACAUGAGAAGAAUUAUUAACUUGACCAAUGUAAUGUUAAUAAUGUUAUACUUAUAAUUAUCAAAUAUAUGUUUGUGUUGUUAACUAAUUUUGUGGCAGAUAAAAUCAUGUUUCACUGGUACAGUAAUAAAAAUAAUCAUGGGUUGAGAGUAGCAGGAAAAAAAUCGCUGUAGGGGCAGGGGUUCUGUAGAGGGGUCAGUGUAAGUAAUACUUUCACACAGUUAUAGUUUUGCAUGGAAGCUGAAUACAGUUACAUUUAGGUCAUCAAAAAAAAAAAAUCAUAAAUGAUAAAAUUUAAAAAAAGAUAAAUAGAAUGUAUUUCCUGAAUUAGUCAGUAAAACUAACCACAUAGUCAUAGCAACAUAUAAAAACCUAAUCAAUCAAAAUGCAUGACUAGACUUAGACCAUGGAAAUGCCUUUAAAAAAAUCUAAGACUUAGGCUUAGACUCUAAGAAAUGUAGACUUAUACUUAUAAUUAUAAUAUAUAAGAUACAAGCAAUAAUACUAAUAAUAGCACUAAUACUAUUGCCAUUGCUAUCAUCAAUUUCAAUAUUAAUUAAAAUUAAUUCAAUUAAAAUUUUACGUUAAACACAUUAGAAGUUCUAGUUCAAAACAAUCCAUCAUGCAGCUAAUUACGCAUAAUACUUUUUUUUUAAAUUACCAAACAAGCGAUAAUAAACCUUAUUUGGCUAAAUUCCCAGCCGACUGCGUAUAACCCUGAGAGUUAUACGCAGUCGGCUGUGAAUAACCCUCAGGGUUAUACGCAGCCGACUGCGUAUAACGCUUCCCAAUACUUAUUCAUUUAUAUACAUUUCACAACAUAAUACAACACAACAAAUUAAAUUUCUCUAGUCUAGGAUUUAAAUUGGGGAUAUUUGGCUGUUGUCCCAGCCAUUGUUAAAACCUCCUUCGUAUCAAAUAUGUGAAAAUGUGUUUGGUUUUAGAAAAGGGACAUUUAGGCGUCCCGAGAGACUUUUUCGGGACACCGAGUACAAUGGUGAAAAAAGGGACAAUCCUGUUUUUACAUGACAUUUGGUCACCCUAGCGUAAUUUCAACUGAACCAUUUAAAUGAGUGAUUAACUUAUUCAUUUUGUCAGUCAGCAAAUGUUAGGCUAAUCAUUAAGCUUGGCCUCUUUACUGUGAAUAGGCCUAUUGUUAGCCUUAUGAUAAUUAGGUCUGCAUGACAUUGACUUCAUUGAGAGCAUUUUAACUUUUAAAAUCUUAAUCUUGAAUGAAUUAGUUUACUGAACUGGAUAUUUUUUCUCCGGACCUAAAAAUAUUUACCUUGACUACUAUAGGCAUGCUUGAAGAUGGGGGUGAUGACUUUACAACAUCAGAUGAUCUCUAUGAUGCUAUUGGAAUUAUGUUGCAACAAGCUGAUGAAUCCAAGACAGAAGAUGAAAUAAAAGCAAUUUGUGACAGACUUUAUUUGUUACUUCACAAGUUUGUAUUGUUAAACAUUACUGUUCUGUAAACAAUAGUGUCAGACACCCUUUAUUUAUACAGAGAAAAUACAUUGUUUGAAUAACACUUAGUCUUCAAUAUGAUAAUAAUGGUAGAUAAUUUUCAUUUUUCUCCUCCUUAAGGUACAGUCAAAGGAACUCAAAAUUUGUCACAAAAAAUAUUCAAUUACACAUAUUUUUAAUUGAUUUUCCUUCAAUACUACAGUGACUACAUUGUAUAUUUUUCUAAAGGUAAUUAGUCAUUAAUUAAUGUCUCCUAUAAUUUUGAAAUAUUUGUCAUUAACCAUUUAGCACUACAAGCAAUGGAACAAGUGGAGCUGUGAAUGGACUCAAUAAAAUAUUAGAGGCUCCUGUACAAAUGUCAGACCUAGCUGAAGAAAUGACAAAUAAUAAUGAUAACAGUAUAUGGCUUGUAAAAAGAGACAAUUCAUCAGUAAGUUGUGAAUUAUUUGAUUUAUUCAAUUUUUUUCAUACAAACUUUAACAUAAGAGCGAAAUAAUAUAUAUAUAAAAUAUAUAUGAAAAUAUCUUGGAAGUAAACAAAAAUAGAUAAGCACUAUAAAAAAAGUUGUCCAUCACUUUGCUAAGAAGACCACAAAUGUUUAGAAACAUGGAAAAGAGCAAGAAAAAUCUGUAUCCAUAAAAUGACAUAGACUUUUUUGUCUCACAUGAUCCCCUGUGCCUAUGCACUUGCAUAGCUGCGGAAGUAGCCUGAAAUAUGGCUGUUACCUGUAAGUCUUCACUCAGAUUUUUCCCAUAUCCUUUGAUUUUUUUUCCCCCAAGUUACUAAUGUGGCAGGAGCAUCUUAGCCCAAAGAUUUGAGGCAGUACUUAUGUGUUUACAGCGGUACAAAAAGUUGUUAGUCAGGAUUUUAAAUUCAGCAUUACAGCCUUCUAAACUUUAUACCAGACAUUUCCCCCUGUCCAGCUUAUAAAUGAAAACAUUCUUUAUCUUAGGGUAUACAUUUCUAAUUUGAAAACCAAAUUAAUUCUUAACAAAGAUUUUUAUGUUCUGUGACAAUGAAGAACAUUAUGUUUCUAUUUAGGUUGUAGACCAGAAGAAACUUGAAAAAGCAGACAAGAAAAUACAGAAAAAGUUAGGCAAACGUGAGCAGACAACAAUAAAGAAGGUAGAAAGGUAACUACAAUGUUAGGUUAUUUUUUACUAUGAAUUUAUGUGGUUAAAAUUAAACAUAUUUCAAUAAGUAAUUUAUUGUAGGCCUUAUUUAUAUUGUCAACAUCUUUUAUGUUUAAUUUCAUGAAAUAAUAAUAAAUAUGGAAAAUGUGAACGAUAAAAGGUGGGAAAUAUGUUCAAAGGAAAUUAGUUUUAAAAGAGACACUAUGAUAUAUUUGCUUAACCCUAUUUAUAUUAACAAAUGAUAAGCAAUCUGUUGGUUAUGUGUGACUUACAUUACAAAUAUAUCUCUUGCAGUGUGCCAGAAAUGGCAAGUGCUAGUCAACAGAUCAACAAACGAGAUGCCAAAAUGGAUGCUGCUGGUACCAACAAGUCCUAUGAUAUCAAGCUUGAGAAUAUUGAUGUAUCUUAUGGGGAUAAGUAAGUACAUGUUUCUAAUCAUUGUGCCUUGGCUUUUCUAAUUUCAGUAAACCCUACCUGCCUCAGCCUGUGGGGUGACCCUUGAACCCAUUAUCAUUAUUAAGCUAUUUUUUUUAUGUUUUAAGCAUUAUUUAAGUAUUAUUUAUUCAUUAUUUUUAUUAAUUUUGCUAAUUUUAUCAAGUUAGAUGCAUCUAUCACUAUAAUUUCUACAAAAUAUGAUAGCUGAUCUACUUUUUGCUUCAAUUUAAUAAUUCUAAAAUUAUAAACAAUAAUUAAUACCAGUACUAAAUAAAUUGUCAUUUUUAAUAGCUUGAGAAGUGGAUUUUUAAUUUUGUUUUGAUAAUAUUAUUUCUUCAAAAGCUUAUUUUUCUUUAUUGGUGACUGAUCUUCAUUUGUCAAACACAGCUGAAAAAUUGUAAAACAAAAUACUUUUAGGGUGCUUCUGACUGGAGCUGACCUACAUCUAGUAUUUGGGCGGCGUUAUGGUUUCACAGGACGUAAUGGCUUAGGGAAAACAACACUUUUGAAAAUGCUUUCCAGGUACAUUUAUUUAAUGUAGUAUGACUUAUUUUGUCAACUGAAAUAUUGCUAAAUCAACAGCUUUUUAUUCAUUUAUUGAGAGUAGUUUAAAAUUCUGAAUGAAAAAGUAAACUUAAGAUGUGAGAUAUAGGGUGGGGGGGGGGGCAUGGCUAUAGUCUUUUAUAAGAUACUGAAGCCAACCUUAUUUUUUAAAUCAUUAGUGGGCAUUUGAGAAUUAUAACAUUUCAUUUAUUGAGAAUAGUUUAAAAUUCUGAAUGAAAAAGUAAACUUAAGAUGUGAGAUAUAGGGUGGGGGUGGGGGGGCAUGGCUAUAGUCUUUUAUAAGAUACUGAAGCCAACCUUAUUUUUUAAAUCAUUAGUGGGCAUUUGAGAAUUAUAACACUCUCUAACUUUGAUUUUGGAAAGUAAAUGGCAAUGGGAGCACGUAAAGUGUAAGAAACUCCUAUCUCCAGAAAGAUAACUCUCCCAUGUCAGCAAAAUUAUUUAGGAUGCACAAUGAAAUGGAGCUAAAGAGUCAAUUUUCUUUUUCUUUUUUUUUUUUUUAAGACUGGGCUUAAGCGAGAAAAGGAAAUCUUAAAACAGACUUAAUCCUAUGAAUGUUUCAUAAAUAUUUAUAAUUUAUGUUACAUGACCAUGAUUAAAAUGUGUAACAUGAAGAAGAAAUAUAAAGCACAUAUCACAUUGCAAAGUUGUUAACAAAUUUAUUGUGUCUUCAAGUCAUGCUCUAAAUUUUUGUAAUUUGAUAAAGGAUACAUUUAUUGAAUUGUGCAAAAUGAAAAUAUGAUGUUUGAUAAAAAUGCUAUUUUUCACAGUGGAUCACUGAAGAUUCCGUCCCACAUCACAGUGUUGCAUGUGGAGCAGGAAGUGGCAGGAGAUGAAACACCAGCUCUCGAAAGUGUUCUGGAAUGUGAUGAGAAGAGGGAGGGCUUGCUUAAGGAAGAGAGAAUGUUAACAGCUCAGCUUCACUCAUCAAGGUUGGUGGGCUUUACUUCUAAUCUGAUCAGAUGGAGGACACACUUACAUUGAGCUUUUACGAUAUGUUAACUUUUAAAUGGAGCUUUUAUGAUGUGUUAAUUUUUACAUUUAUCUCAAUGAUAUGUUAACUUUUACAUGCAGCUUUUAUUAUAUGUUAACUUUUAUAUGCUGCUUAAUGACAUGUAAACUUUUAUAUGCAGCUUUUAUAACACUUGUAACAGACCUGCCAACCCUUCCGAUUUUGACGGAAUUAUACAGCUUUUUUACCCCUCAUUUCAACCUUCCGAAAAACACCUUAAAAUUCCGAUUUUCCUAACAUUAUAAUUUUUCACCGUCAUAAUAAUCCCAAAGAGACCCCCAAAAAAAAAUUUUUUUUUAAAAUCGGGGAAGGACAGGAAGGGUUGCAUUUCGAUGAUGCCACUUCCUUUGUUUUUACAAAGUAUCUACAUGUCCGGCGACCGGACGAAUAAGUUCUCAGUCUUGUCACGUGAACGCUAAUAGUUGAUCAGAGUUUACAGUACUUUAUUUCAACAAAUUCAAGAUAGUCUGGACAUUUGCAUGAAAAAGAAAUACUAGAACCAUUGCUGGUAUAUAUAAGGGGUCGUUCGUAAAUUACGUCACGCUGAAAAUGACCUUUUUGGGGACACACGUGCACACACACACAUAUAUAUAUAUAUAUCCUCAUCCUCCCCCCCCCCCAAACCUUUUCAUGUCACAUCACACCUAAAAAAAAUUCAAACGUUCAUAAAAUUUUCAUAACUAAACUAAGAUUUGAUUUUAUUCUUUAAAAUUUUGCCAUAAUGGAUUAAGAUGUAGUAUUAUUAGAAAACUGAGUUUCAUAAUACCUAUAAUACCUGAGGCAAUUUCGACCUCAAAUUAAUAUUUGUAAAAUUAAUUAAAUAAAGAUAUUUUUCAAAAUUAGAAAAUUUUAGAUAAUUUGCGAACGAUCCCUAAUAAAGAUAUGGUUAAAAUGUGACAAUGUUAAAUUAAUCGUGACAUGUCCACUGGAUGAAUAUCUCCCACACUAUUUUCCGGUCACGGAACUGUAGAUACUGACUAGCACACAUAUUCUGGUGAAGGUCUGAGAUUACCCUCUUAUGACUCGGCUAGUAAAUUGGCUACCAGCUCCAUUUGCUGAGCUUAGCCAAACAUUUUCCUCACAAAGGGUUCUCCAACCGCCCUGGUUUCCCCCAGGACAUCUAGUGAGGAACAUUCGAUUAACAUGUGCACACAUGUUCAAAACACGUUCUCGAAACCGAAAUCAUUAGUCAAUCAUCAAUUGAUCCGAUCACGAUUCAUUCUUUUACUGGGCUAAUCAAUAAUUAAUUUGUGUUGCGACUUUUUUGUUUGUUAAAGCUUUUCUUAAUUAAAUGGAUAAAUCGACAGUAGUUUGUACAAUGAUAUUAAUAAACAUGUUUUAACACACACACAAAAAAACCCAUACAUUUACAGCAAAGCAGGUGAAUAAUCUACGAUAUCCAUGUCUAAUUUCUUUGCUAAGGAAUGGGACGAUUAUAAUCAGAUCAGAAGUUUUUUUACCACCUUUCUAUUGAAGGAAAUAUUUCUCCAACCAACUCUGAUUGUUUUAAUGCCAGAGUCAAAGAAAUGUUUCCAGACUCGCAGAUUGCUAGAAGAUUGUGAAGAAAAAUUACGAUGAAACAAGGGCAAGCAUGAAAGUUGAUACUCUUUCUAACUUGCUUGUAACUAAAAUAAAUUGCAAUUCACUUUUCCAAAGUUGGGCAAGUGCAAAAAGGCCACUAGCGAUAUGCUGGAAAACUCAAUUUAAAACUGAACUCUUAGCAGCCUGUGUACAUAUGUAAAUAAAAUGGAUAUUCUGUUCUGUAUAUAUCUGUAUACAAAUUACAAACAUUUCCAGUUAUGUUUUCUCAUGUUCUGUGGACUCUUCAAAGACAAUGGAGGUAGCUUUAUAUUUCUUUAUUUACUAAAAAAAGGCUUGUGCAUUAGUAUGUAGAUCUAAACCAACGCCCCCUCCCUUCAAGUGCCGCAACGCUCCUCCCUCCAAGUGCCAUAACACCAACCCCCCACCCACCACCGGCACUACAGUUUUUUUCUUUCUUGGCAGGUCUGCUUGUAAGCAAAGAAAGUUAAAAGUGUUUCAUCAGCAUCAUUUUUAUUUAUUUCUCUCCAGUCCUGGCCAAGACAAAGACAAUGCUACAUCAUCAAGAUUACAAGAAGUGUACAAAGAGUUGAUGGCCAUAGAAUCAGACAAAGCUCCAGCCAAGGCAGCCAUGAUACUUAAUGGCUUGGGAUUCUCAAGCAGUGACCAACAGAGACACACAAAGUAAACUGAUGUUUAUCUUAAGCAGCUGUAUUGAUUGCCGAGUGACUAUUUAUCACCCUCAUUCCAAUUGUAACAUGAAAACGGCCAAUGGAGCAUAUGUUCACUUUUCUAAAUUUAUAACUAGGUUGUUCAGAUACCAUCAUAUUAAAUUAUAUAUUUGUAAGCGCUUGAUUUCAAGAAGUAAAUGCCAAGCCAACACAUGCAAUUAUUGAAUUUGUUUGAUGGAUUCAUGAAUAACACCAUCCUCACCAUUUAUGUAAUUUAGAGAAAAGUCUGCUCUUGUCAGCUUCAGGUGUUUGAUUUACUGCGCUACAAUUCUUUCAUGUUUUUCACUACAGAGAAUUUUCUGGUGGCUGGAGGAUGAGAUUAGCCUUAGCCCGGGCAUUGUUUACAAAGUGA